CACCGAAUUGCGUGGUGGGGGUGGGACCGCGACCGCCUCUCCCUCCUCCGCCUAUCCGCUCCGUCCUCCACACGUCAGGCGUGCCGUGUCUCUUCUUCCUUCCCUCCCUCCCGUCCGAGCCUGCUAUAAAUUCCCCGUCCCCUCCCGUCUCCUCUCCACACAUCCGAUCCAAUCCAAUCCAGUCCCCCUCCGAUCUCACCGAGAAAUCGACGCGAAGGCUCUCUGCCCGUCCUCAAGAUGCAGAUCUUUGUGAAGACCCUCACCGGCAAGACCAUCACCCUCGAGGUCGAGUCAUCGGACACCAUCGACAAUGUCAAGGCCAAAAUCCAGGACAAGGAGGGCAUCCCUCCGGACCAGCAGCGUCUCAUCUUUGCUGGCAAGCAGCUCGAGGAUGGCCGCACCCUUGCUGACUACAACAUCCAGAAGGAGUCCACCCUCCACCUGGUGCUCAGGCUCCGUGGUGGCAUGCAGAUUUUUGUGAAGACCCUCACCGGCAAGACCAUCACCCUUGAGGUCGAGUCCUCGGACACUAUCGACAACGUCAAGGCCAAAAUCCAGGACAAGGAGGGCAUCCCUCCGGACCAGCAGCGUCUCAUCUUCGCUGGCAAGCAGCUCGAGGAUGGCCGCACCCUUGCUGACUACAACAUCCAGAAGGAGUCCACCCUCCACCUGGUGCUCAGGCUCCGUGGUGGCAUGCAGAUUUUUGUGAAGACCCUCACCGGCAAGACCAUCACCCUGGAGGUUGAGUCCUCGGACACCAUCGACAACGUCAAGGCGAAGAUCCAGGACAAGGAGGGCAUCCCCCCGGACCAGCAGCGUCUCAUCUUCGCUGGUAAGCAGCUUGAGGAUGGCCGCACCCUGGCGGACUAUAACAUCCAGAAGGAGUCCACCCUUCACCUGGUGCUCAGGCUCAGGGGUGGGAUGCAGAUUUUUGUGAAGACCCUCACCGGCAAGACCAUCACACUUGAGGUCGAGUCCUCGGACACAAUUGACAAUGUGAAGGCUAAGAUCCAGGACAAGGAAGGCAUCCCUCCGGACCAGCAACGUCUCAUCUUUGCUGGCAAGCAGCUGGAGGAUGGCCGCACCCUGGCUGACUACAACAUCCAGAAGGAGUCCACCCUCCACCUGGUGCUCCGCCUUCGUGGGGGCAUGCAAAUCUUUGUCAAGACCCUCACCGGCAAGACCAUCACUCUGGAGGUUGAGUCCUCUGACACCAUUGACAAUGUGAAGGCGAAAAUCCAGGACAAGGAGGGCAUUCCCCCGGACCAGCAGCGCCUGAUCUUCGCUGGUAAGCAGCUUGAGGAUGGCCGCACCCUGGCGGACUAUAACAUCCAGAAGGAGUCCACCCUUCACUUGGUGCUCCGUCUCCGUGGUGGCCAGUAAGUGCCUGGCAAUGGAGCGGCUUCUCUGUGGGUUCACAGGUCUUGUGUCUUUGAUAUGUCCUCCAAUGGUGCCUGUGUCUGUCGUCCUGGUCGUUUCUAUGUUUCUAUCGCAGUGUGAUGCAUCGUUAUGUUCGGUUGUUUUCGAGAAUUGCUGCUGUUGUGAACAGCUUUGGUGAACUUGAUAAAUAAGUGAGCCCUGAAUUGUGUCUGCA